CAGCAGGCGAGGCGGGCAUCCCACAUGGGCUGGAUGAAUAGCAGAUCUGUCCUGCAGCUGUGCGCUCUCUCCCACCCCAGGAGAGCACAGAGCCACAGGCAGCCGAGCCGAGAAGCCCACGCAGUCUGUCUGGCACCGCUGUGAGAGGGGACUGGAGGGCAGCAAGAUGGAGUCAGAAAGAGAAAUCGGCAGCAGUCAAACUAUAUCACCUGAGAGUUGAACUGAUACUGCAGAGCAAAGAACAUCAGUAACCAGUCACUGCCUGGGAACUCCAACCCCAGGAGGAACCGGCCCAUCAACCUGAACCAUUAUGCCACCAAGAAGAGUGUGGCUGAGAGCAUGCUGGACGUGGCGCUCUUCAUGUCCAACGCCACGCGGCUGAAGGCAGUGCUGGAGCACGGGCCGUCCUCGCACUACUACGCCGCCCUCAUCGCCCUCAUCAGCGUCUCCCUGCUGCUGCAGGUGGUCAUCGGAAUCCUCCUCGUGGUCAUUGCACGGCUGAACCUGAAUGAAGUGGGAAACCAGUGGAGGCUAAAUCAGCUCAACAACGCCGCCACCAUCCUGGUCUUCAUCACGGUCGUUGUCAAUGUUUUCAUCACAGCCUUCGGGGCACAGAAGACUGGCUUCCUGGCUGCCAGGGCCUCUAGGAAUCCUUCGUGAAGCCACGUGGGACCUAGGAACUGGGCCCGGAACUGCUUCUGCCUCCUUCCUCCCAGGUCUGCCAGGCUCACAGGCAUUUUCCACAGCCCCUGGGAGAGCUUCUGAAAGAGCUGUGUAGACGCACUUGGUCCCUACCCACAGCACCUGAACCGAGACGUUUUGCUGGGCUAAAUUAUCCCAUCCUGGACCGGAGCGCUGAGCUCAGACCAUUCUACCCGGGCAGCGCCCUGAGGCAGACGCGCUAGAGGCUGAGUGAGCCCAGGCUGAGGACUCAGGUUCCGACUCUGCCCCAUUCCUUCGCUCUGUUCCAGGCCUGUUUCCCUUUCUAUAAAUUGAGUUAUUUCUCUCCAUAAAGACUUCUG